ACACACACACACAUAGCGAUCAUAAGCAUCGAUCAAAGGCAGCAAUGGGCGCAGUCUGCUGCAUCUACGCAUUAUUGAUGGCUCUCUGCGCGUCUUCAUCCAUUGCCAUCAAAGGCGUGUAUUACCCUUCAUGGUCUGACGUGGACCCCUCCUCCAUCAAAACCAAGCUUUACACACACAUCUACUACGCAUUUCUCACUCCACACAUCGCCACCUUCCAAUUCCAAAUUGACCAAACACAAGCUCAACUCCUCCUCAACUUCACCUCCACUCUCCAUGCAAAGAAACCUCCCCUCACCACACUCUUCUCCGUCGGCGGCGCCGCCGAGGGCACCGCCCUCUUCUCCCGCCUCGCCGCCACCCCCUCUUCUCGCGCCGCCUUCAUUCACUCCAGCAUACAACUCGCAAGAAAAUUCGGAUUUGAUGGAGUUGAUUUGGAUUGGGAGUUCCCUCUAAAUCCGAGGGAGAUGGAGGAUUUCGGAUACCUGCUGGAGGAGUGGCGCGCGGAGGUGCAGAAGGAGGCGGCGGCGGCGGGGCGGGCGCCGCUCCUCCUGACGGCGGCGGUGUACUACUCCGCCGACACGUUCCUGAAUGGCGAGGCGCGGGCGUACCCGGCGGGGCCGGUGGCGAGGAGCCUGGACUGGAUCAACGUCAUGAACUACGACUACCACGGCGCGUGGAACAAAACCGUCACGGGCGCGCAGGCUGCGCUCUUCGACCCGAGCAGCGACCUGAGCACGAGCUACGGGCUCGGGUCGUGGAUCCGGGUCGGGGUGCCCCGGGAGAAGCUGAUCAUGGGGCUGCCCCUCUACGGGAGGACGUGGCGGCUCAAGGACCGCAGGUUCCACGGCGUCGGCGAGGCCGCCGUGGACGUGGGGCCCGGGUGGAACGGGACGGGCGUGCUGACCUAUGCUGAGGUGGUGGCGUUUAAUAGGGCCAACAAGGCGAAGGUGGUGUAUGACGUGGCGACGGUGUCGGUGUACUCGGUGGCAGGCGAUUAUUGGGUGGACUACGAUGAUAAGAGGACUGUGGGGGCCAAGAUCGGUUAUGCUCGAAGCCUUGGCCUGCGUGGCUACUUCUUUUGGGAUAUUAGUGGUGAUUAUAAGUGGAGCAUUUCCAAAACAGCGUCAAAAUUGUGGCAUCUCUGAGGUCAAAGUUAAUUAAGAUGCGAAAUGGUGAUUACAUUUGGAUUCAUGAUAUCGAUUUGUUGUUUUGUAGAUUUUCUUCCCUUUUCAUCUUUAAGCUUGUUUCUCUGUAUUCAGUUGACAACCCGUGUUUAUAUAAAUUGCUUCAUUUAAAC